AUGUCUGCAACUCGAAUUCCACUCGAGCUGAUACAAAAAGUAUUUUACGAUGAUGGUCCUGUAAUGACUGAAGCUCAGAAUGCAUUCAUCGAAGGCAUUGCUAAUGAUUUUCGUGUUCAAAAAAAUCCAGAAAUCGUUAUUUCAAAAGAAGUAAUUUUUCCCAAAUAUCCACUUAUGCCUAGAAAGAUGAUACCACCAAAUAUACCUUCGACAUUUUAUCAUCAAAAGGCAACCGUAAUUGUUCCACCAGAUCCGGAAUUGAAUUACGUUCCUCCACAUCCUAGAAAGGUAAAUAUUGACAAAUUAUCUGAAGAACAAAAACCUUUAUAUGGUCUUUCACCAUUUAAGCAAGAUUUGUAUAAAAUCAACCAAAGAAGAGAGAAUUACAAGAAAUACAUUGAAAAACAAAAGGAAGAAAAAAAGAAAGAGAGAAAAAUUACAGUAUUCACAGAUGAAGAUUACCAAAGGCUAAAUCUUCAUGCAAAUUCAAAAUUCGAGCGUCAGGAUGAACGUAAAGAUAAACAAAACAGUCCUUCACAUAAAAAUGUUCAACGAAUGCAAAAUUACCAAGCUCAAGGACAAAACGUUGAUCCACAAAGAUAUUAUAAUGAAAAGUAUGAUCAUGAAGAGCAGAAAUACUUCGAGGACCAAAAUCAGAAACAACAAUAUACACCAAAUGAAUAUCCUGAAAAUCAGCAAAAUUAUCAAGCCGAAGAAGAAAACAAUGAUCCAGAUGGAUUUGCUCCAUCAAUGUAUCGUGUUUCAAAGCAACAGUACGAAGAGAAUGGAAGAAUCGCCAGAGAGAAUGCAAACAGAGGACCGCCAGAAAUGUUAUAUUACUUGCAGAAAGACUUCAAACCAACUUUGGAAACACGCGCUUCAAAACUCAAAGCUGAAUACAUUAGAAGAGAAAUGGAAAAGGUUGAGAUGGAGCAGAGGCGUCUUGAGCUCAAUGAAGAUCUUAGGAAAGAAAGAGAAGAUGAGGCUAAGAAGAAAAUUGCUGCUCGCCCCGUUAAAUUUAAUGCUGAUAGUGAUGCUGAUAAACAUAAAAGAGAAAUUCGACAGGAGAUGAGGAAAAACGAGGAGAAUUACAUGAAUAUGCUCAAUACCAUUAAUGAAUCACAGGCACUUAACAAGACUUUGAUGGAACGUGUUGAAGAAGAGUUAAUGAAAUAA